CAAGUUCUUUUCAAAACUUACCAUCCCAAAGAGCUGACUGGGCUCCAGACUGACUGAUGCAAACCUGGAAAAGCAGUUGCAAGUACCAACAUCAUGAACACCAUAACAUCACACACCUCACUGAAGAGAAGCAGUUCCAGCCGUCACAUUAGGGGCUGCUUGGUAGGGGCUGUGAAUCUCAAAUCCAGCAACAGAACCCCAGUGGCACAGGAGUUUGAAAGUGUGGAGCUGUCUUGCAUCAUUACAGAUUCCCAAACGAAUGACCCCAGGAUUGAAUGGAAGAAAAUUAAAGAUGCUCAAACCACAUACGUGUAUUUUGACAACAAAGUACAGGGGGACUUGGCAGGCCGUGCGGAACUGUUGGGGCAAACCUCUCUAAAGAUCUGGAAUGUGACCCGGAAGGACUCCGCUCUUUAUCGCUGUGAGGUGGUGGCUCGAAACGACCGCAAAGAAAUGGACGAGAUUGUCAUUGAGUUAAUUGUGCAAGUGAAGCCAGUACCUCCAGUGUGCAGAGUGCCGAAGGCUGUGCCUGUGGGCAAGGCGGCCACGCUGCGCUGCCAGGAGGAGGAGGGCUUCCCCCGCUCCCGAUACAGCUGGUACCGCAAUGACGCGCCCCUGCCCAGGGACUCCAGGGCCAACCCCCGGUUCCAGAACUCUUCCUUCCUCGUGAACCCGGAGACGGGCACUCUGGUUUUCAACUCCGUUCACAAGGGAGACUCCGGGCGGUAUCACUGCAUCGCGUCCAAUGACGCGGGCUCGGCCAAGUGUGCGGCGCAGGAGAUGGAAGUCUACGACCUGAACGUGGGCGGGAUCAUCGGCGGGGUGCUGGUUGUCCUCGCCGUGCUGACCCUGAUAACAGUGGGCAUCUGCUGUGCGUACAGACGCGGCUACUUCGUCAACAACAAGCAGAAUGCGGAAAGCUACAAGAGUCCAGGGAGGCCCGACGGAGUCAACUACAUCAGGACAGGCGAGGAGGGCGACUUCAGACACAAGUCGUCGUUUGUGAUCUGAGACGGGCCAGUGUGGCUGAGAGCACAUGCAAUACCUCUACUAGAACCUCCUCUAGAGAGCAGCUCGGAGGAAGUGCACUUGGACAGCUACACACCCGUGCAAAAGCUUUUCGUUUUGCCAAAGUUGACCGCUACUCCUUCCCUACCUUUUAACAAGCCACAUGAAUAAAAGGAUUUUCCUCAAGAUGGGCUCAGUCAUCACAAGGAAAAGAACUGAGUGAGUUCACUGAGGCUGCCUCCAGCCAAGAGGGAGGGGGACUGAGGCUCUUGCUCACGGACUCUGCUGGGUGCCGGGGCCUGAGAAACCAGGGCGCACAUGCGAGGGUGACGCGGGAGCAGAAACCCAGCAUGAAGCCUGCAGCUGCAGUUCAAGUCUGUGCGUCCAGACAGAGGCUUUUCUCCAGUGACCCCGUCUCAGUGGCCUGGGCUGCCCUGCACCGCUCUUCUGAAAGGCAUUUCCAUCAGUGUGGUCGUGUCCGCCUGGGAGAACCCUUUUGGACCAGCAUUUAUAAAACCACCCCCAUCAGAAGGUAAACUGCCUGCUGGCAGAGGGGCCUGCUUAGCUGUGGGAGCCUGCUUGUCCACAGAGGGCUUCGGAAAGGAAAACCUCCCUCAGCCUAAAUGUGAAAUGGUACUAAAAUAACAUCUGCUUUUCUAUGGGAGUUUAUUUUGUAGAAUUUGACAUUCUAAAUUUUUGCUAAACAUGUAUUUUGGUUAUGGAAAAGAAAAUUUCUAUUUAAACUGUAAAUAUGUUGUCAUACAAUGUUGAAUAACCUAUUUUUUUUAAAAAAAGUUCAACUCACAGUAGGAGUUCCAAGCUACUCGUGUUACACUGAACAAUGUCAAUAUCAAGAGUAUCUUAACCCAGGGCGUCCGCAGGCGGCUGCUGGGACAGUCCUCGCCACAAGGGCUUCAGCGUUUUCCACAGAGAACUCACGCCAUCAGUACAGCAGACCUCUGUUGCUUAGGGAACCUUCAGAAAUUCCAGUUAAGUAAUGUCAGAGUCUGCCUGUCACCUCUCCAAAGAAACACAAGGAGCUCUUAGGUUAGCUGUGAAUGGCCUCUUCCGUAGAUUACUAACUGCCUGUGGCCAAGGACCACCCAGAAGCUGUCAGGCAUACACGUGCCAACCAUGUCCAUCAGCUCCUGGGGCAUUGGCUAACCCUGAGGCUGGCUUGCCCACCUCCACGAUGCCCGCACUGUGGCCCUGGCUGCCAACUGCUUCAGGGUGGUGUUCAUGUGCCACAGGCACUUGGCUCAACCCUGGUCAGUUCUGAGGUGUCCCUUCAGGAAGGUGGCCUGCUUCCUGGGGCUUCCCCGCCACUGGGUUCCUGAGCCACAGCCCUUGCUGGUGUGGAUGGCUCAAGAAACAAGCUACUGCUAUUUGGUUUUCAGAUUUAUUUAACUUAUUUGUGUGUUCAUAACACUGUCCAGGGCCAAAGGCAGUUUUGAAUCAAGUCUGUCAACUGUAUUUUUAAAGAGAAUGAAUUCCGCUCUUCCUCUUUGCCAUGAAGUCGGCACAGACACGCGGGCUCUGCUCACUUGGCAGCAGAGCUGGGCCCCCGCCCUGCAGCCGGCCAAAGCCGAUGGAGAGGAGUCACGCGCCUGAAUCAAAGGCUGCGUCCUGAUUCUGAUUUUAAAGUUUCCAUGUAUCCCAGACACUGCCACAUUGUGGUGACAGUAGAAACAGUCAAAGGCUUCCUGCUUUUGGAGCAGGGCUGCCUCAGGGAACUGCUGUUCCCGUGACCUGAACAAGGACCUGCGCAGAGGAAGCCUGGGUUCCUUUCUGUGCUCAGAGGGGAGGGUUCAUAUAGAACAGUCACCUUGGGAUUAACUUUAAGUGUCUUAAUUUUUUAUACUUUGAGGGUUUUUUAAAGUGAAGAUCUGAGACUUAUGUUGACUUUUCUGUUACGUGAAAUGCUUGCCCGGGGUGGCUGGCAGCAGCUGGCAGCUCUUCAUACUUGCCUAAUGGUGCCUCUCUUCUUUUGCAUCUGUGUCUUGAGUGUAGCAUUAGGACUGUCCCUUCAUCUUCGCCUCUUGGUAGAAAGGGAUGGCUUCCCCUUUCUCUAAUUCUUGGGGAUCAGCACUCUGGCCUUGAUCUUGGUUGUCGCAACUAAAGGGCAGCCUUAUUACCUCCUCUUAUGCCCUAAAACCUACCCUGGUGCCAUGUGAACUGGGUUACGGGAGAGAGAAAUGAAGUGUGGAGCCUGGGAAGCAGUUGCCUGUUACUGUAAAAAUGUAGACAGGAAAGAAACUUCACAUUUUCAAGUGCAAAUGUGACUGAGGGCUUGAGACCAGUGUACAGGCUAUGUGGCCUUGGGUGUGGCUGUCGCUGUGCACAGGUGUGGCAGACGUGUACUAACACCCCCCCCAAAUCACUAUUUGUUAAACCUAGUUUAUAAAGACUUUUAAAAAAAA